AUGCCUGAAGGGGAGAGUUUUUACAGUAAUGAUCGCGGGUGCGAACAGUACGAGGUCUUUCUUGUUUUAUCCGUGGCUCCCCUAGCCAUAUUGUUACGAAAUUUGGCGCUGCCUUGGAUUUUCCUUGGACAACGUUUUUCAUCAGAUGAUUGGGGUUUCGGGUUAAAAUUUUUCCUCGAUUUUCUGGUCGUGGUUGUGCCGACGCUGCUCGCGCAAAGCUUUUUUGCGAAUAGUGUUUUAUUUAUGCUCUUGCUGUUAUUGGGGCUUUCUCAAAAAAUCAUCGAAGAGCACCACCAGCCGACGACAUUUGUGACUUACUUUAGAGCCAUGGUACUGGUAUUGACAGGCAUCGCCAUACUCGCCGUUGAUUUUCGCGUUUUCCCUAGAAGUGUGAUGGACGUGGGUGUCGCGGCCUUCGUUUAUAUGCUGGCGAUUUCACGGCAGGUAAAAACACAAGGGAUGAAGGAACGAGAGGAGCGAUAUGGAGGGCGAUUCCGUCAGCUCCUCACGUCAUCGACGGCCGUGUUGAUUUAUCUAGGACUGGGGCGUACCUUUAUUUUGAAGGCACUAGAAUACCAAGAGUCUGUGAGCGAAUACGGUGUUCAUUGGAACUUUUUCUACACAUUCUUCGUGAUUCAGGUUGUCAGCCGAUUCCUCGGAAAACGAUGGCAUUUGCUGAUCGCCGUCCUGUUCUCCGCUCUGCACCAACUUUUGCUGGGUCUCGGCAACGAGGAAUGGAUUCUGGCUGACAAUGAACCUCGCGAUACGCUAAUAUCAGCCAAUCGUGAAGGAAUUUGCUCCCUGAUGGGCUACAUCGCGCUCUAUUAUUUUGCGAGCAGCAUCGGGAAAUUCAUCACGACCACCGGGUGUCGCAUCCGCAACUGGCUGCAGUGCAAUUUGUGGCUCUACCUGUUUGCCGUGAUGUUCUUCUUUCUACAAAAGGGCUCCGAGAUGGCCUUUGGAUUGCCGUCGCGUCGAAUCACGAAUUUGCCAUACAUUUUUUCACAGCUCUGCAUCCUCACCUACUCAUUAGGCCUUUGUCUAUCCGUACAGAUGGUGGCGCUGACCGGCUGGGCGGCAAAUAUGCCUCAUUUUGGGACAGAUGAAAAACCUUGGAGCGGCGUACAACCCUGCCUACUGACAGCCGUGAAUAAGGCCGGAAUCGCAUUCUUUUUACUUGGAAAUGUGUUGACUGGUAUCGUGAAUAUGUCUACGAAAACCAGCGAUGUCGACGACGCGUCAGCAACAGGCAUCCUGAUCGUCUACAACUUCGUUUGCUGCGGGGCAGCGAGCUGGAGUGCCGCACGACGACGACGGAAACAACUC